AUGUCUUCACCUGUUUUUGGCGACACGGGCACUGCUCGCUCAAGCGUGCCGUUUUCCCAGCUUGUGGUUGUUCUGGCAGUUGCAAGCGCCAUUUCACUCUUCCAAAACAUCACACCUAAAGUCGUUGCCGCCAGCUACUCCAUCUGCGCCACGCUAUGGCUCUUCAGACUCGUAUCCCGCGACGCAACUGCAAUCGUCGACAGCUUUACCUUGGUCGUUCUCUCAGAAUUCGGCGAUUUGUCUCUGAUUACGAAAGUCUUUGAGCUCACAUCUGGAUAUGUUAUCACCACUCUCGCUGCCAUAUUCUCGGCUUUUUUGAUUGUCACGGUUUUGAGAUCGGCACUGCUUUUCAGGAGCAGCGACAGCGAACACGGCAUCCAAGCCGAAUUCCAGGCUCCUGGAAAAUGUUACAGACCGCUUCUAUUUCCAUGCCGUACUACACACACUCGAAUGUUCCCCAAGAAGCAUUCCUUCGCAUACUCGUAUCUUCUUGUCGGUGUCCCGGUUGGCCCAGAGGAAAACGAUCACCUAAACACGUCCAUGAUAUCAGUUGAUGCCGAGUCUUCAUCUGGUGCAUCGAGAACAAAAGGAUGGUUUCAUAUCCGGGGAUCAGACUACCUCGAGCGUGGUGGUGAGAACGUGAGCCUUAAAGCAAAGCUGACGCAAUACUUACAGUCUCAGGGAAUCUCCGACGGAGAAUGGCAUCAUGCCUACCUUGUGACGGCAGCAAAAUUCCUUGGAUAUUCCUUCAACCCUGUUUCCUUCUGGUACAUCUACUCCGCGAGUCAUCAGCUCGUCAUGAUGAUUUUGGAAGUAAACAACACCUUUGGUGAGAGGCGCAUGUACCUCCUCAAAGGCUCGAGUCAUGAUGUUGGCGAUUUGUGUGACGAAAAUGGCACGACUGGACACGCCAAACAAGCUACAAAGUUCACGGACGCUUGGGUCAAGGACUUCCACGUGUCUCCAUUCAAUUCUCGAAAGGGAUCCUAUUCCUUGACUGCCGUUGAUCCGUUCAAUACGGUGCAAGGAGUUUCCCCUCGUAUUGACAACAACAUUGUUCUUCGAUCAUCCAAACAGCACCCAAAACUUGUAGCGCGGGUAUUCUCAGACGGUGCACCACAAGACCCUAACAGGUUAUCUAUACGGCAAGCGUUGUACUUCAUUGGCAACUGGUGGUGGGUGGGCCUGGUCACGUUCCCAAGAAUCGUAAAGGAAGCGUACAAGCUUUACUUUUGGCGAAGCCUUGAGGUGUUCUUUCGCCCGGAAGUCGUGCCUACAAGUAUCGGCCGGGAUUCCACGACCAUCGAAAGGCAUCUAGAAUCUUUCUUCCGUCGGUACCUUGAUUACCUUGUCAGCCGGACAGACCAAUCUGUUCGGGUUUCCUACACACCCGCGCCGGGGCUUGGUGAGCCCCACGAGUUUUUCUCGUCCAGUGCAAAGGAAGAUCAAUCUUCCAAGUCUUUGGAAAUCAAUGUAACCAGCCCGGCCUUCUAUAGCCGGUUUGUGCACUACUAUCACACAUCCGAGGCUUUGGACCGCGAAUCUCUCUUUGCCGAUGAGAAGAACAAGACUGCAUGGAUAUCAAACCCGCAGGCACUAAAGCUACUGCCCCUGAACCGUCCGAGAUACGUCGAGCCACCGCAGCUCAAAUUCUCGCGAGCAAGGAGCGCUAUUGGUUGGCACCUUCUCCGCAGACUGCGCUGUCCGCCAGCAGCACCAAGCUAUCCAGCCUCCGUACAAGGUUCUGAUCCGGCUUUCGUCCGCGAAGACAUCAGGCCGAAAGGGUUUGCAACGUGCGAUGAAUACGUCAUGCGGAACUGCCACGAUGCCUGGCUGUAUAAGCGCUGUCUACUCAAGCUCUUCCUGGCGCAGAGGUUCGGGCUGGGGUUUACCGAGAUGGUCGACUUGCUCGACCUCAUUGUCAGGGUCUGCCUAAUCGUGGGCGUUCUCAGUGUAGUAUCAAGUGAUCUGCAGGCACGUGGCGCGGAGGAUGCAGGAUCGGCGGUGCCAAAGAUUCUCGGACUCAACACCGUUCACGCUUGGAGCCUGAUCAAAGAAGCAAUCUGA